GGAAUUUCGUUGCACCAGCAAGUGCGAGAAUAUUUCGCGGUGAUAGCAGCCUAGGUAGGCACGCCACGGCACGGCACGCCGGCGUUUUUCACUGCCGUUGUUUCGCCGAAUGAACGACGAAGCUCUGACCGUUGCCUUUUGAGGCGCCUCAAAAGGCGCUGAGCGUUGCCUGCUGUUAGAAAGGAAGCCCGAUGUUGGGCGCAUCGCCUGGCAUGCGGCGGCAGGAUUUGGCAGAAUACGCAUAACUCCCCUUUUUCUACCUAUUUCCAGGCCGAUCCGACACUCCCCUCUUGCGAAUGCAGCAGUUAGGGUUUCAUUUUAGACCAUUCCGUAACGCGGAUGAAGCUGUUGGCGUUUGUAGAGUUUCUCCGUGCGUCGCUGUCCGCACGUGACGUGCUCGUCUCCCUGCUCGCCCUUUCCCUCGCCUGCCACGUGGCACGCGUUCCGCAAUGCACGGAGCUCUCCCACUGGUGCGUCAGAAGCUCCUGGAAGGCGGCACGGACGGAGAGUCUCGACCCGGUCGUCGUCGAGGCGCGUCAGAAGGCGAAUGGGUUGCGCGAAGCGCAGGAGCCGCAGCAGCUGAGGCGCCAGUUACAGGAGCAAGGAGGGGAGGAGGAGCAACUGUCCCGGAACAGAGCGGGGAGAAGAGAGCUUAGUACCACCGGACGUCACAGCUUCAAUGCCGAGCCAGGACGUUCAGGUCGGGGCCGAACCUCGCCAACAGGCUCGGAGACAGGCUCGGGAGCUGGUUCCGAACCAAGGCAGUCUCCUCCUUACCCCUCCCUCGCCCUGUACACGGCUCCUAUCGGGUAUAACACCACUAUGACGGCUUUAAAGCGCGCUGUGCUCUCUUGGCUACGCCUCGCCCCUCCUCCCUACACCCCUAACGUGUAUUUAAUAGGCUCGGAUCCGCUUAACUACUCCCAGCCGCACCCGUCCCUAGUGUGGCUUGCGAAGCAGUUCCCAAGGCACGUGCACGCUAUAGGCGGCUCAGGGGAG